CACUUAUUGAGAAGUGCAGCCUUUUAGCCAAAAAAACAAACAAGAAAACAAAAAUGGCUGAACAACAAGAUCACCACAAAGAGCUUCAGCUUUUACCUUCUCCACCGUCUACCGAAUCUCCGGUAAGGAAACACCGACCAACAGUUAUAACAACCGACCAUCACCACCACAACCGUUCCUCCUCCAUGAUCCAUCAUGAUCUUGACCUUAAACUCUCCAUCAGCCUCAGCUCGAUCUCAACCGCGGAGGAGCUUCCAAACGGUGGAGGAGGAGGUGUGGAGGCGCUGAAGUGGCAGGCGGCGGAGCAGAUAAGGCUUGCGGCUAUAGAGAAGGCUUACGCCGAGAGGGUUAGAGAGUUGACUCGCCGUGAGAUGGAGAUGGCUCAGUCUGAGUUUGCUCGUGCAAGGGUGAUGUGGCAGAAGGCAAGGGAAGAAGUGGAGAGAGCUGAGAGGUUGAAGGAGAGAUCAAUGACGAAGAUGGAUACGGCAUGCUUGGAGAUCACUUGCCACUCUUGCAGGCAAAGGUUUAGGCCAUAAUUUAAGUAUUCCUUUGUUUCUCUUAAUUAUUGUUAUUAUAAUGGAAAUUUGAAGAGAAAGAGAAUGUUGGUUCAAUUAGUUUGAGAAAAUAAUUUGGAAAAAAACAAGAAAGAAUUGUAUUCUUU